AUGGAUGAUGCUCAAUUUUGUCUUACCAUUUUAAGACCAGAAAUCAGCACAUGCGAUAAGACACCAACUCGGUGAUCUCAGCCGAAAGAUUGAUGCCCAUUGCCCAACCCAUUUUCACAAGUCAGAAGAUCAAAGGACAAUUCAAGCCGAAAGAACUCAAACCUCCAACUGUAAAUGUAGUUUAAUAUUAUAAGUGUGGUCUGCAUGAUGCAGACUAUGUCAGCUCUACAAGCCGACACUUACUUCAACGUGUGGAGGAACACAAGUGAUCAACAAUUACCAAUCACCUGAAGGAUGAGCAUGGAAAGGAUCCUAAGACUAUCAAAAGAAAUUUCAAGACUAUGAAGAAAUGUCAGAGUAAACAGUACUGUUUGGGCUUUGAAAUGCUUUCUAUUUGCAAACUUAAACCAAAACUGAACAAACAGAGUGAUUUGAUCUGUGUAAGAGUAUUUAUCUGA